GCUGAGUUGACAGAUUGUACUUUCUUUUUGUUUUUGGGGAUAGUAAGAUCAAGAUAAUUCGGGUCCAUACCCUAACUUACAUAGAUGCCUUCCUUUUCUUAAAAUUAGGAAAAACUUCUUAGAGUAUGAUGAGGAGAGAAACGCAGAAAAGGAGGUCAGGAAAAUUGUAAGGUUACCUUUACUGGAGUGGAGGGAGAGGGUAGGAGAGGAACGGGAGGCAGAUGGAAACUGCAGCCUGGAAUAGGGGGUAGGAAGGUGGUGGUAUCAGAGCUGUUGGAGACUUUGGACCUGAGGCCAGGAGGUGCUGGAAAGUGCAAAGUCUACAAGAAGGUGAUGGAGCAGCAGUCGCAUUGCAGCUCUGAUCCUGGACGGGAGGCUGCAGACAGCCAGGCAGCUCUAGACUCAGGAGUGAACCAGUCCACAGCCAGGCCUGGCGAUUAUGGGGAUGGCAGUGGGGAAGAGGUGCCUUCCGAGCUGUGAAGAUUGUGGUGGCAGGACAGGGGUGGUGAGGGAAGGGCUGGCAUAGCCUCAUUUUCUGAAGGCCCCAGGGUUGGGAUGAGAGGGGUGCCUUUGGUAGAAAGUUAAUAACUUAACCUGUGUCCACAGGAGACUUAGAUAUUUAGAAUUUUAGAGCCAGAAGAGAUCUAGAUCAUGUAGUUCAACCUUGAGCAGAGUGACAGGCGCAAGGUCCCCCAGCGAUUUUUUGGCAGAUCCAGGCCUAGAUACCACAUCUCCUAAAACUUCUGGCCAGCGCCAUCCCUUGUGCUGCUGCUGUGACCGUCUGCUGUCCUGCCUGCUGCAGUGACAGUGAGGAACAAGCUUUUGCUCAGACUUUUUCAGGGACCUUUCCAGCCCAAGGAUCCUAGAAUUCUGGGAGAUCCUUUCCACUCACAUUACUCAGCGAUCUAGCCCCCAGCAAAGAGCCAGGAUUGGCAGCAAAGUGGGGCACCAAGGCCCUGUGCUAAGCACUCAUAAUCCUCUGGGGGUGCUACCCCUACAAACGGCACCCCCACCAUGUUUAACCUAAUGAAGAAAGACAAGGACAAAGAUGGCGGGCGGAAGGAGAAGAAGGAGAAAAAGGAGAAAAAGGAGCGGAUGUCAGCGGCAGAGCUUCGGAGCCUGGAGGAGAUGAGCCUGCGACGUGGCUUCUUCAACCUGAACCGCUCCUCCAAGCGUGAAUCCAAGACGCGCCUGGAAAUCUCCAACCCCAUCCCCAUCAAGGUGGCCAGCGGCUCUGACCUGCACCUGACUGACAUUGACUCCGACAGUAACCGGGGCAGCGUCAUCCUGGACUCGGGCCACCUAAGCACAGCCAGCUCCAGCGAUGACCUCAAGGGUGAGGAGGGUAGCUUCCGUGGCUCGGUGCUGCAGCGGGCAGCCAAGUUCGGCUCACUGGCCAAGCAGAACUCACAGAUGAUUGUCAAGCGCUUUUCCUUCUCCCAGCGUAGCCGGGAUGAGAGCGCCUCGGAAACCUCGACGCCCUCAGAGCACUCUGCUGCCCCCUCACCACAGGUGGAAGUGAGGACUCUGGAGGGACAGCUGGUGCAGCAUCCUGGCCCAGGCAUCCCUCGACCAGGGCACCGAUCCCGAGCCCCUGAGCUAGUGACUAAAAAGUUCCCAGUCGACCUGCGCCUGCCCCCCGUGGUGCCCCUGCCCCCACCUGCCCUCCGGGAGCUGGAGCUGCAACGACGGCCCACUGGAGACUUUGGCUUCUCCCUGCGGCGCACAACCAUGCUGGAUCGGGGCCCCGAGGGCCAGGUCUAUCGGCGUGUGGUCCACUUUGCUGAGCCUGGUGCAGGCACCAAGGACCUGGCCCUGGGGCUGGUGCCAGGAGAUCGACUGGUGGAGAUUAAUGGGCACAAUGUGGAGAGCAAGUCCAGGGAUGAGAUUGUGGAGAUGAUCCGGCAGUCAGGGGACAGCGUGCGGCUCAAGGUGCAGCCCAUUCCAGAGCUCAGCGAGCUCAGCAGGAGCUGGCUGCGGAGCGGCGAGGGACCUCGCAGGGAGCCAUCCGAUCUGGACUCUGAGGCCGCCUCUCGUGCCCACAGCCAGGCGAAAACAGAAGAGCAGAUUGCAGCGGAGGAGGCCUGGAAUGAGACGGAGAAAGUGUGGCUGGUCCAUAGGGACGGCUUCUCACUGGCCAGUCAACUCAAAUCUGAGGAGCUCAACUUGCCUGAGGGGAAGGUGCGUGUGAAGCUGGACCACGAUGGGGCCAUCCUGGAUGUGGACGAGGAUGACGUGGAGAAGGCUAAUGCUCCCUCCUGCGACCGUCUGGAGGAUCUGGCCUCACUGGUGUACCUCAAUGAGUCCAGCGUCCUGCACACCUUGCGCCAGCGCUAUGGCGCUAGCCUGCUGCACACGUAUGCUGGCCCCAGCCUGUUGGUUCUUGGCCCCCGUGGGGCCCCUGCUGUGUACUCUGAGAAGGUGAUGCACAUGUUCAAGGGGUGUCGGCGGGAGGACAUGGCACCCCACAUCUAUGCAGUGGCCCAGACCGCAUACAGGGCAAUGCUGAUGAGCCGUCAGGACCAGUCGAUCAUCCUCCUGGGCAGUAGUGGCAGUGGCAAGACAACCAGCUGCCAGCAUCUGGUGCAGUACCUGGCCACCAUCGCGGGCAUCAGCGGGAACAAGGUGUUUUCUGCGGAGAAGUGGCAGGCUCUGUACACCCUCCUGGAAGCCUUUGGGAACAGCCCCACCAUCAUGAAUGGCAAUGCCACCCGCUUCUCCCAGAUCCUCUCCCUGGACUUUGACCAAGCUGGCCAGGUGGCCUCAGCCUCCAUUCAGACAAUGCUUCUGGAGAAGCUGCGUGUGGCUCGGCGCCCAGCCAGUGAAGCCACAUUCAACGUCUUCUACUACCUGCUGGCCUGUGGGGAUGGCACCCUCAGGACAGAGCUCCACCUCAACCACUUGGCAGAGAACAGUGUGUUUGGGAUUGUGCCACUGGCCAAGCCUGAGGAAAAGCAGAAGGCAGCUCAGCAGUUUAGUAAGCUGCAGGCGGCCAUGAAGGUGCUGGGCAUCUCCCCCGAUGAACAGAAGGCCUGCUGGCUCAUUCUGGCUGCCAUCUACCACCUGGGGGCUGCGGGAGCCACCAAAGAAGCUGCUGAAGCUGGGCGCAAGCAGUUUGCCCGCCAUGAGUGGGCCCAGAAGGCUGCAUACCUACUGGGCUGCAGCCUGGAGGAGCUGUCCUCAGCCAUCUUCAAGCACCAGCACAAGGGUGGCACCCUGCAGCGCUCCACCUCCUUCCGCCAGGGCCCCGAGGAGAGUUGCCUGGGAGAUGGGACAGGCCCGAAACUGAGUGCACUGGAGUGCCUUGAGGGCAUGGCGGCCGGCCUCUACAGCGAGCUCUUCACCCUUCUCGUCUCCCUGGUGAACAGGGCUCUCAAGUCCAGCCAGCACUCACUCUGCUCCAUGAUGAUUGUCGACACCCCGGGCUUCCAGAACCCUGAGCAGGGUGGGUCAGCCCGCGGAGCCUCCUUUGAGGAGCUGUGCCACAACUACACCCAGGACCGGCUGCAGAGGCUCUUCCACGAGCGCACCUUCGUGCAGGAGUUGGAAAGAUACAAGGAGGAGAACAUCGAGCUGGCGUUUGACGACUUGGAGCCCCCCACGGAUGACUCUGUGGCUGCUGUGGACCAGGCCUCCCAUCAGUCCCUGGUCCGCUCACUGGCCCGCACAGACGAGGCGAGGGGCCUGCUCUGGCUAUUGGAAGAGGAGGCUCUGGUGCCAGGGGCCAGUGAGGACGCCCUCCUGGAGCGCCUUUUCUCCUAUUAUGGCCCCCAGGAAGGUGACAGAAAAGGCCAAAGCCCCCUUCUGCACAGCGGCAAACCACACCACUUUCUCCUGGGCCACAGCCAUGGCACCAACUGGGUAGAGUACAACGUGACUGGCUGGCUGAACUACACCAAGCAGAACCCAGCCACCCAGAAUGCCCCCCGGCUCCUGCAGGACUCCCAGAAAAAAAUCAUCAGCAACCUGUUUCUGGGCCGCGCAGGCAGUGCCACGGUGCUCUCUGGCUCCAUCGCGGGCCUGGAGGGUGGCUCGCAGCUGGCACUGCGCCGGGCCACCAGCAUGCGGAAGACCUUUACCACAGGCAUGGCGGCUGUCAAAAAGAAGUCACUGUGCAUCCAGAUGAAGCUGCAGGUGGACGCCCUGAUCGACACCAUCAAGAAGUCGAAGCUGCAUUUUGUGCACUGCUUCCUGCCUGUGGCUGAGGGCUGGGCUGGGGAGCCCCGUUCCGCCUCCUCCCGCCGAGUCAGCAGCAGCAGUGAGCUGGAUCUGCCCUCGGGAGACCACUGCGAGGCUGGGCUCCUGCAGCUCGACGUGCCCCUGCUCCGCACCCAGCUCCGCGGCUCCCGCCUGCUCGAUGCCAUGCGCAUGUACCGCCAAGGUUACCCUGACCACAUGGUGUUUUCUGAGUUCCGACGCCGCUUUGACGUCCUGGCCCCGCAUCUGACCAAGAAACACGGGCGUAACUACAUCGUGGUGGAUGAAAGGCGGGCAGUGGAGGAGCUGCUGGAGUGCUUGGAUCUGGAGAAGAGCAGCUGCUGCAUGGGCCUGAGCCGGGUGUUCUUCCGGGCGGGCACCUUGGCACGGCUGGAGGAGCAGCGGGAUGAACAAACCAGCAGGAACCUAACCCUGUUCCAAGCAGCCUGCAGGGGCUACCUGGCCCGCCAGCACUUCAAGAAGAGAAAGAUCCAGGACCUGGCCAUUCGCUGUGUACAGAAGAACAUCAAGAAGAACAAAGGGGUGAAGGACUGGCUCUGGUGGAAGCUCUUUACCACAGUGAGGCCCCUCAUCGAAGUACAGCUGUCAGAGGAGCAGAUCCGGAACAAAGACGAGGAGAUCCAGCAGCUGCGGAGCAAGCUCGAGAAGGUAGAGAAGGAGAGGAACGAGCUGCGGCUCAACAGUGACCGGCUGGAGAGCCGGAUCUCAGAGCUGACAUCGGAGCUGACAGAUGAGCGUAACACAGGAGAGUCCGCCUCCCAGCUGCUGGACGCGGAGACAGCAGAGAGGCUCCGGGCUGAGAAGGAGAUGAAGGAACUGCAGACCCAGUAUGAUGCACUGAAGAAGCAGAUGGAGGUUAUGGAAAUGGAGGUGAUGGAGGCCCGUCUCAUCCGGGCAGCGGAGAUCAACGGGGAAGUGGAUGAUGAUGAUGCAGGUGGCGAGUGGCGGCUGAAGUAUGAGCGGGCUGUGCGGGAGGUGGACUUCACCAAGAAACGGCUCCAGCAGGAGUUUGAGGACAAGCUGGAGGUGGAGCAGCAGAACAAGAGGCAGCUGGAACGGCGGCUCGGGGACCUGCAGGCAGAUAGUGAGGAGAGUCAGCGGGCUCUGCAGCAGCUCAAGAAGAAGUGCCAGCGGCUGACGGCUGAGCUGCAGGACACCAAGCUGCACCUGGAGGGCCAGCAGGUCCGCAACCACGAACUGGAGAAGAAGCAGAGGAGGUUUGACAGUGAGCUCUCGCAGGCGCAUGAGGAGGCCCAGCGGGAGAAGCUACAGCGAGAGAAGCUGCAGCGGGAGAAGGACAUGCUCCUCGCUGAGGCUUUCAGCCUGAAGCAGCAACUAGAGGAAAAAGACAUGGACAUUGCAGGGUUCACCCAGAAGGUUGUGUCUCUAGAGGCAGAGCUCCAGGACAUUUCUUCCCAAGAGUCCAAGGAUGAGGCUUCUCUGGCCAAGGUCAAGAAACAGCUCCGGGACCUGGAAGCCAAAGUCAAGGAUCAGGAAGAAGAGCUGGAUGAGCAGGCAGGGACCAUCCAGAUGCUGGAGCAGGCCAAGCUGCGUCUGGAGAUGGAGAUGGAGCGGAUGAGACAGACCCAUUCUAAGGAGAUGGAGAGUCGGGAUGAGGAGGUGGAGGAGGCCCGGCAGUCGUGUCAGAAGAAGUUAAAACAGAUGGAGGUGCAGCUAGAGGAAGAGUAUGAGGACAAGCAGAAGGUGCUGCGAGAGAAGCGGGAGCUGGAGGGCAAGCUCGCCACCCUCAGCGACCAGGUGAACCGGCGGGACUUUGAGUCAGAGAAGCGGCUGCGGAAGGACCUGAAGCGCACCAAGGCCCUGCUGGCAGAUGCCCAGCUCAUGCUGGACCACCUGAAGAACAGCGCUCCCAGCAAGCGAGAGAUCGCCCAGCUCAAGAACCAGCUGGAGGAGUCAGAGUUCACCUGUGCGGCAGCCGUGAAAGCACGGAAAGCAAUGGAGGUGGAGAUCGAAGACCUGCACCUGCAGAUUGAUGACAUCGCCAAAGCCAAGACAGCGCUGGAGGAGCAGCUGAGCCGCCUUCAGCGUGAGAAGAACGAGAUCCAGAACCGGCUGGAGGAAGAUCAGGAAGACAUGAACGAAUUGAUGAAGAAGCACAAGGCUGCCGUGGCUCAGGCUUCCCGGGACCUGGCUCAGAUAAAUGAUCUCCAAGCUCAGCUAGAAGAAGCCAACAAAGAGAAGCAGGAGCUGCAGGAGAAGCUACAAGCCCUCCAGAGCCAGGUGGAGUUCCUGGAGCAGUCCAUGGUGGACAAGUCCCUGGUGAGCAGGCAGGAAGCUAAGAUACGGGAGCUGGAGACACGCCUGGAGUUUGAAAGGACGCAAGUGAAACGGCUGGAGAGCCUGGCUAGCCGUCUCAAGGAAAACAUGGAGAAGCUGACUGAGGAGCGGGAUCAGCGCAUUGCAGCCGAGAACCGGGAGAAGGAACAGAACAAGAGGCUACAGAGGCAGCUCCGGGACACCAAGGAGGAGAUGGGCGAGCUUGCCAGGAAGGAGGCCGAGGCGAGCCGCAAGAAGCACGAACUGGAGAUGGAUCUAGAAAGCCUGGAGGCUGCUAACCAGAGCCUGCAGGCUGACCUAAAGCUGGCAUUCAAGCGCAUUGGGGACCUGCAGGCCGCCAUCGAGGAUGAGAUGGAGAGUGAUGAGAAUGAGGACCUCAUCAACAGUUUGCAGGACAUGGUGACAAAGUAUCAGAAAAGAAAGAAUAAACUUGAGGGAGACUCGGAUGUGGACUCGGAGCUGGAGGACCGUGUCGAUGGGGUCAAGUCCUGGUUGUCAAAAAACAAGGGACCUUCCAAGGCAGCUUCUGAUGAUGGCAGCUUAAAGAGUUCCAGCCCCACUAACUACUGGAAGUCCCUUGCCCCUGAUCGGUCAGAUGAUGAGCACGACCCUCUCAACAACACCUCCAGACCCCGAUACUCCCACAGCUAUCUGAGUGACAGCGACACAGAGGCCAAGCUGACGGAGACUAACGCAUAGCCCAGGGGAGUGGUUUGCAUCCCUCUCACCCCACGGCCUGUGGCUGCCUGGGCACCUCUCCCAGGAAGUGGUGGGGCACCGGUCUCCCCCACCCAACUGCUGAUCUGCAUGGGAAACACCCUGACCUCCUUCUGUCAGGGGGACUUUCCAGGCUAUGGGUGUCUGAUGUCUCCACGUGGAAGAGGUGGGGGAAAGAGGAGUUUCUGAAGAGAACUUUUUGCUCCUCUCUGUCUCAAAAUGCCAGACUCUUGGCUUCUACCCUGGGUCACCGUUGGGCAGUGGCAGGUGGCCUGGCACUGCAUGGAGCCAGCACGUUGACCUCCCUCUCAGCUCCCUGCUCAGGGACAGUGGACAGGUUGCCUACUGGGACACUCUAGGUUGCUGGGUCCAUGGGGAGGAUUGGGGGAGGAGAAGCAGUGCCUUCCCUCUCGUCUGGGGUGGGGACUCUCUCUUCUUGGUGCCUGCUGUCUUUCUACUUUUUAAUUUAAAUACCCAACCUCUCCAUCACAGCUGCAUCCCUGAGAGUGGGAGGGGGCUGCAGUGGUAGCUGGGGCUCCCAAGAACGACUCGGGAAUGUCAUCUCCAUCGUCACCCUUCAGAGAGCAGUCCUUUCUCUGUGCAGCUGGAGAUGCUGGUGAGGAGGGCCGGGUCCAGGUUCUUAAGAAUGAGGUGGGGAGGGGCUCUCCGGUGCUGCUGGGCUGGGUCGAGCAAGCCUACGCAGACAAGUGUGUGUGUGGACCAUCUGCACCUCCAGCCCCCACCCCACCCUCUUUGUCUCAGCGUGUUAUGUGCAAUGACCUAUUUAAGAUAAACCCAUUCCAACUACAGCAGUUCAGGGCUGAUCCAAGCACUGCCUCCCUCCUGCUCUGUCCAGGUGGUCUGGACCAUAAACUCAACUUGAGAGGGAAGGCUUGGGGUUGAGGGCUUGUGAUCAGAAAAACUGAAGAUGGAAGUUUUGGCCGGUGCUCAUUAGACAUGAGUCCUCACUCUGUGUCCUGAGCCCAUGUCAUUCUUCUUCCAACCUCCCUGCCCCCACACACUUAUCCCAGACACAACACCAUGUGGUCUGGAGGUCCCAGCCCCCACCCUAAAAAGGUUAUCCCUGAGAACACCAGACUUGGGAGCCCAAGGGCAGUGCCUGGUGCUGCUCCCAUCUGCCGCCCCACUUCUCUCCUGCGAUUGGUUUGUACUCACUGGGCUGUGCUCUCCCGUUUACCUGAUGUAUGGAAAUAAAGGCCCUUUUCCUCCUGGC